UAGCACAACGUACAUUAAUAAUCCAGUGUAUUCUAAUAUACAGCAGAUGUGAUGGGAGAGUUUGCGUGUUCUCCCCGUGCUGCGGGGGUUUCCUCCGGGUACUCCGGUUUCCUCCUUCAGUCCAAAGACAUGCAUGAGGAAAGCGAGGAGACGCUGAAGAAGACGAAGGAGGUGCAGAAGCAGGCGGAGGAAAGGUACAAAGUCUUGGAGAACAAGAUGAAGAAUGCCGAGCUGGAGAGGGAGAAAGAGCUGAAAGCAGCGCAGCAGAAACUCAACCAGGCAAAAAGCAGAGCAGACGCCUUCAAUAAGAGACUCAAGGAGAGACAACAGUUUGUGGUCGUGUCACUGAAAGACGGCAUGUUCACCAACGCCGACGUUCUGUUUAAGACCAAGUUUGCGGACGGGAUCUCUAGAGGGACAUGCACAGCUCAGACACACGAGGUGGAAAGGUCUGGGCCAGCGCGCACACGACAAAGCCAAGACCAAGGAUACACGUCAGCGCGAGAUCCUCGCCCGCUAAACGCGUGCAGAUCAUCUUGAUCAAUUUCGCUUCUUUAUUCUAAACGCACUCGUAUACUUGUGGGGGUUUUUUGUUUUGUUUUUUUACAUUACUUUGAAAAAUUUACAGGUGACCCUGAUUUGAAUUGCACUUUUUGUGACAGUUGUCCUGAAACUGUGGUGCAUUUGUUUUGGCACUGCCGAUUUGUAAAACCGUUUUGUCCAAAUGUUUGAGAUUUUAUUACAAAGAAUAUUCACGGACAAUUUAUGUUGCUAUGGAAACAUUUAUGAUUUGGUUUUUUGGAGAACUGUAGAGACAAACGCAGACAGGUUUAUA